GUGAUCAGUUACAAAUACAUGGUUUCCAUCUUUGCAGUGAAUUGGUUUUGAUUACAUUGCUGUAUUUCCCAACAAAAAGUAAACUCUGGGAUUUAUUAUAUUAUUUCAGGCAUUCCUCCUUUUACCCGUAGAUGGGGAAGUAAAGUCAGCAGUCCUGUGAAUAGGGGAACUUAAAAUGCUAGCCACACAACUUGAGUCUGAAUUUCUAUUGACUACUUGUCAUAGAAAAAAGUGUUCUGCUUUGCCUCAGUCCGAGGUUGGUUGCUUUACUUUUUUUUGUAACUUACUCUUACCUGGUAUUUGAUGGCUCUGGAGUGUUAGAACAUGAAACAUACUCAUGGGUUCUUGUACAAGUAUAGACAUCAUGCAGGCUCAAUUUGGAUAUCACUUGCCGAGAGCUAGCUGGCAGGAUAGCCAUAACAUUGAGGAAGCCCAUUUUUCACAAUCCUACAUGAAAGAGGUUACACACGUACUAAUGAUUUGGAGAAGAUUUUCCAAAGCUUGCAAAAUGUUCUUUUCACCAAAAGUACUUCAAUGCCCAAGUUUAAAGCUAAUAGCCAGCAGUGCAAUUCUAGCGCUAUCUGCAGCACCACAUUCACUUAAUGAUAAUGUCAGCUUGCAAUGAGCACAUAAACUGGGUUUUCAAACUUUACUAGUAAUGUCUUGAUGCCUUGAAAUGGCAUGGGAAUAUAUAUCAUGUUAUGGCAUUGCAGAAAGACAACUUGUGUUGUGGUAUUUUCCUUCUUUGACUUCUGAGGUAUGUAUGAUUUAUCACUGUACAGAACAUUGAAGGGAUCUUUGCACUGAAAGAAACCUGGGCUAGAUGUAGCAAGGAUGGCCAAACUGAGCUACAAAAUUUGUCGAGAUGUUUAUGGUGUCUAUGGACUAGCGGGGCCCAGAACCAAAGCCAGAUUAUGAUAUGCUAUUGGAAAAUACAUAAUCUAGUAGAUGACAAUGAACGUUUUUUUUUUAUAGAUAACUGACCUGAAGAAGAAAACAUUUGAACACAAGGAUGAAAAAAUAUUGUCAAUCUUGCUGUGUUUUAUAGGUUAGAUCUGAUAACCAUUAUUGUUUUAAGAACACCUUUGAGAGCUCGUCUUUGGGAAAAAAAGGCUGGAUGGUCCAACCUAAUAGCUGUUUGAUCCUUAUACCAUAGUCUACAAAGACUAUUUAUCAAACACAGCACAAUCUGUAGGUUUUCAAGUUUAUAUGCACACAUGAUAAAUAAAGCCUGUGAUCUACCAGCAGUGUUAAAAAUACAAAACGUGUAAAAUCAUCUAUAUGGAAGCUCCAUGGCCCUGAACUGAGCAAGAUAUAUGGAAGUGACAGCAUUAACCUUCAGUCUGCUAAGGUAGCUAUUUUACACCAAAUUUGAAUUGAGAUACUGGGUUUGGAAGCAAGAAGAAGGUUUAUCAUCUCUCAAAAUAAUUUCUACAUGUGGUUGACGAUUCCCCAAUGUUUGAAAGUGAAAAAAAAGACAUCCUAAACUACUUUGAAGUACCGGAAGGCUAUUCAGCACCAAGGAAAAUAUGUAUAGAAGUAUAGAUUUACUAUGGCUAGUAUGUAUUGCUUUUCCCAUAUUUGUGACCAGGUUCUGUACAGCUACAAUAAUAAAUAGAAGGUUGUUUAUCUCUUAUGUCAAUGGCUUUAUAAAAUUAUCAUAGAAAAGUUGUUAUAGAAAAAAAAAAUCAAGCGGCACUGAUUUUAUAAUUUUCUACAUAGAUUUGGAAUAUCUCAGAAACAAGGAAUUGAAUUGGUGUGCCAUGGAAGCAUAAAAACAGGUAGAUAUAUGGAACAACUAGAAAUGUCUCUUUAAUACUUCAAGAGAAGUCCCAAGCAUUGCACCCACAUAGACUAUUAACUGCAAAAUUUACGAAGUAGUGUCAUAAAAAAGCAAGACAACUGUAAGUUACACUCCACCAAUUCCUGGUGCAGGGGCAAAAGGCUGCACUGGUGACCCUAUAAAACCCUAGCAGCCUAGAAGUGGUCUAUAACUGGGACAGUAUAUCCGCCCCCACAUACUUCUCUAACUUCAAGCUCCUUCAAUCAAUGUCUGCCCUUGGGUUACAUUUGUAACUUUUGGGCGGUUGCCAAGAUGAAAGUGACAGAAGGAGCGUUCUUGAUGAAUAGUGCUCAUCCUUAAAACUGAAGCAAAUAAAUUGAGGUGCAGUGUAAGGCCACAUGAAAAGUCAUGGUCAGCACUUUUAUGGCAAACACCAGAUAUCCAUUUACAAAUUAGCCUUCUUUUGUAUUGCAAAGCCAUCAUCUUAGCUUCCAGCUUUAUCAAUGGAAUUGUUCAAAGUUGCCAAUGACUAUUACCUUGAACUGUUAAGCUUUCAAAUGUUGCAUCUCUUGUGUUGCAUUAAUUAUUCAUUUUACUUAAGACUGUGAUCUUUACAUUUACAAUCUAGAUUGUUCUGGAAAGGCAAGGUUACGACAAGUGAAAUCUCUGGGUCAGGCUAAAGUUUGAGUGUAUGAAACUGGAUGGGAGCGUGAUCUGUCAAGCUGUCCUAAGCACAAGUUGGAAGUAACUCUCCACCAUCUAGGGAGAGCUUGGGGGAUCCGUUAGAAACUGGAGCUUCCUCUUGUCUCUCCUGGUUAGUCCCAGUUUCCAUCAUCGGUUACAACUGCGGUUUCACCCUGGCAGGUAGCUUCCUUCUCACAUGUUUGGAGAAGUGUUAGCUGACAGGGGGGGACUUGGGGGAUGAAAGGGAUGGAUAGGAGAAAUACACAGUGGAUCUACUUUGAUAGAUCUCAAACCUAUGGGAACAUCUGAAAGAGGUGGUUUUACACCCUAUCUAUUCCAUGAAAAUGUUCAAGCUUAACCCACAUAUUAAUCUGUUGACUAUCCAUUAAUGGGUUUAUCGAAGUAGAACAAUAGACAAGUAAGCAUGUAUUUAACAUAUGGGAUUGAGAAAGUGAUUCAACGUACAGUUUAAAGAAAAUUUCAAUACCAUAAUAUCCAUAAAUAACAGUGGAAAAUUAACUACAUUGUACGUUAAGAGGGGUCCUGUUUUGGUGUGUAUACACUGAUUUUGUGUGUCCACUGUAAAAUGUUGUACUAACGUAAAAAAGGAUACAGGUGGAAGAGUUUAUAUAUGUACCAUAACAUUAUUAUUAUUAUCUGUAUUAAAUGCAGAGGUUACACAGGAAAGUAGGAGACUUUGAUCAAAAUUAGAUCCCAGCAAAUUCUUUUGUAUUCCUGGGGGUUUCCAGUAUCUGGCAGUUGUUCAUUGAUAUCCCCUGACCCCUGAAACAUCCUCUGGUUUCACUGUAGAGAUGCGGUCAUUCAACUUGUAAAUGUAAUGGCCUUUCAUUAGGGAUGCUGUUUUUAAUGAAAUACAAACAGAGUAGGUAGUCAUCUAUCUUACAUGGUGAUUGGCACAAUUGGGAUACCAUAGCUCAUAUGCAGUGCACCGACCAGAUUACGAUGGAUCUGGUAGGAAAAGCAGACUAAUUUUUCCAAACCACCAUUGAGCAAAGUAAACUAUUUGUCUAUGCCACCAACACUGAGUGUCCCCAUUCGUCAGUUCAUAAUUAUGGAAAUUUGAUUCUGUUAGCAGCAUGGGAUGACCAAGGCUUUGCACAUGUAAUCAAUCCUCAGGGCAGUGGCUCUUAUGUCCGAACUGUAACCAGGGACAAUUUCAUGAGCAAAUGAUUAGCAUAAUUGAAGCAAGCAUUCUGACAAGCUGCCAAUAGAUGCAGCACCUGAUCCCUCCUCCCUCCAGCAUGUUACACACCACCAAUCAGCUGACACCACACAUGUGACUAAGACAAGCAGAACAGUAAGUGGUCGCUAUUCUAAAUCAGUCUGCCAGCUAGCGUUGGAGAGGGAACUGCUUUGGUAACAGAAGUGUGAAGGUGGGGAAUGACAUGAAGCGUAAGGCUGUGAUGCGCCGGCUGCUCCUGCUGACCACCUUCAUGCUGGUGACCCUGGUACUGAUUCUCCAGCCACACCUCCAGCAACAUGGGCUCCUCUACAAGACUGCUUCUGUCACAUCCAGUCCUCCUCCUUCAAAGUCAGAACUCCAGGGCAACUUCUCAGCAGUUGCCAUACCAACAGGACACGCGCUGGUACAGCAUGAGCUGAAAAGGCAUGACCCUGUCAACCCAGACGAACGUCACCGAACAUUGUUGCUCAGCAAGACGGUUCUGAAACCACCAAGCAACCGGACCAACCUGACACAGACAGAAGUGGCAGGACCACUGCGCACCAGGUUUCAGGAGAGAAUAGUGGAUGCCAAACAAUGGAGCUGGAAUAGGACUGCCAUGUUAGAGAUGAGAAAUGCAGUCCGCAAAGUGAUUGAUACCGCUAAGAGCAUUUCUAUCCUGCGGUCCCAGACGCACAUUGGGGAUGUCAUGCACUACGACAUCGACAACCACAACACGUUUAACAUCACCAAGGACCUGUACGACCUGCUCCCCGAGACCUCUCCUCUCGAGGGCCGACUCUUCAACUCCUGCGCCAUAGUGGGCAACUCCGGGAUCCUCCUGGGGAGCGGGUGCGGACAGGAGAUCGACAGCCACGAUUUCGUCAUCCGCUGUAACCUCGCUCCCGUGACAGAGUACGUUAAGGACGUGGGGAGGAAGUCUGACUUGGUGACCAUGAACCCCUCUGUGCUCCCCACGGCUUUCGGAGGACUGAAGGAGAAACACUGGGAGGAGAAGUUUGUGAAGAGGCUGCGCAUGUUGGAGCACUCCAUGUUGUGGAUCCCCGCCUUCACCACCAUCAACGGGGAGAAAUAUGUGCAAUAUACAAACAGGAUCAUCCUGAAGAAUGACCUGAAUAUCAAGACUCUUUACCCCACUAAACACUUAGCACAUUCCAUACGAGGGUUCUGGCUCCAAGCCAAGACCAGGAUCAAACGCCCAAGUACCGGUCUCUACAUGUACACCAUAGCCACCAGGUUCUGUCAGGAGAUCCACCUGUAUGGCUUCUUCCCAUUCACAGUGGAUGUCAACGGGCGGCCCGUCAGAUAUCACUACUACGACAAUGGAAAGUACAACUUCUACGACAAAAGAAGACCUCAUUCCAUGCCAGUGGAGUUUCAGGCACUGCGACGGUUACAUGAUAAGGGUGCUCUCAGGCUGCUGACGGACAAAUGUACAUAGUAGUAACAGGUGGCGCCCUAUGUUCUAACAUCCCGUCAUGUAUGUUCCCACACCCCUACAUUUCAACACCCCUAUGUUAGGGUUGGUAGAGAGUGCUGGAACAUAGGGGUGUAACCAUAGUAACAUGCAUCCCAUUGGGGCCUUCCAGUACAUCUCAGAGUUGGCUAAUGUGUUAUGGUUAUCAGUACAUGAGGGGGUAUCAGAUAAGUUUUACUGUUUUUUAACAGAAGCAAAUUAAUUGCUUUAUUAAGAGAAGCAAGAUAAUAGCUCAAGAUGGAGAAUGUCAUGUUUUGUUUUGUUUUAUAGUAAGGUCAUGUUAAUUUGAUUAUGUGGAUCUUUCACAGAAUCCCAAAACAGACGAUUAGUCAAAAAUUAUAAAAUUAGUUUCUGUUCACUAAUGUUUAGGUUGCAAUUUGCAGCAGAUAUCUGCACAUUUUGAAACUGUAGUAUUUUUGGAAACGGGCAAAAAUUGAUCUGCACACAGACGUCAUUCAUAUAAAUCCAACCAACAUGGCCAAACCAAGAAUAAAAACAGUCACGUGUAUAAGGUUCUGAAGAUGACAUUGCUUCUAAUGAGAUUCAACUUAAUCUACAAAAUAAUUCAAUGAUGUCAUAUACGAAAUAUGUCAUAUACGGAACUGAUAAGUUAUUGAUGGAAACACCUUAUACUACACAAAAGACAUGAUUUACCAAAAUGCUUUAAAACCUACAUGUACCACUAAAAUUGGUCGUGGUAAUCAUACAUUGUUCUCACUGUCAUUGUAUAUUAGUCCUGUUGAAAAUGGGCAUAUGGUGUGAAUGUUCAACAGCAAAGACAAAAUUGCAAGUCUACAAAUACAAGGCAAUUCAAACAAAAAGAUAAAACACCAAAAUAGACAAACUCUAAAGGCUCUUUAACAUAUCAAUCAGCAGGGUUGAUGAGAGUUCAUUAAUUAUUCUACUGAGAAUGUUAUUGCUUACAGCAUGGGUGAAAUGAAAGAAAGAACUGGUAAAUAUGUAAGUGGUAUUCUGAGCAUGAAAGCAAAAACACUAGUAGGAAGGUAGCAGAAUGUAGUUAUGUGUGAAAGGAGUUGACAGAAAAUAAAAGAACAAUUUUGUAUGACAGUUGAAAGAACUUACAAAAAAAUGGCACCAGACUCCCCCUCACAAGUUUUUGUGGUCCAACCCAUACAAAAGUAGAAGCUGAAGGUAUAAGUAGAAAAGUAAUGUUUGAUAUGAGAGAACACAAACAGGUGAGGAAGACUGACAUAAAAUUGAGUGUAAUGAACCUGACUUGAUACAAUAUUAGUAAGAUUUUCUAAAUCCUUCAAGAGUUGUGAUCACUCUAAAGCCAGACUGCCUUUUUUCCCUUUUAAAAGAUAUAUAUCCGGAAAAAGAUAGGCUAAGUUAGUAAUCAUUACUCUGUGCUCAAAAUAUCAUGACAAAAAUAGGCAGAGUUGGUCCUUGUGCUGUUACCGGUGUAUAUUUUAUCAUACCCAGUACACAGUUCAAUAUGAUGGACAGGUCCAAAAUACUGGAACAUCAAUGUACCAGUAGUAUACCUGAAUAGACUAUGUCUGAAGCACUCAUGUUUGAGAUGCAAAGAUGAAUAUUUAUGACUUUGAAACAAACAAAAAAUGUGUGUGGGCAUUGAAAUCGGUGCCAUCUUAUUCAAACUCCUCUUCCAACGGUUUAACUUUUUUUUUAAUGAGUGUACAAUCAAAAAUUCCAAAUAAAUAGUCUGUUCAUUGUUCCUGUCCUCACUCAAGAUUACUUGUUCAGGUAUACAUCAAUGUAUGUACUGGUCCAGACCUGUACCUUAAUCUCUGAACCUGAUGAAACAACAUAUACUAGUAUGUUAAGGUACGAACCUGUAGUGACUCUGGAUUGUAACAGAGGUAAAAUAUCUUUUAGGACACCACAAAUAUUUUGGCGUUGGUUCAGUUCCCAAGAUGUUCUAGAUCUGCACAAAUCUUUUAACAUUCCAGGGUUUCACCUCUCUAUGCAGAGUACUUUUACUUUCUCUGUGGGAAAAAGGAAUGUAACAUUUUUGUCUACUCAUGUUUGAUUUAGCAAACAAGUGUCAGCUGGCGUGUUACACUGAAAGGAGGUUAUCCCAACUAUAUAGAUACACAUACAUAUAUACUAUGAUGAUUUGUAUACCAACUUUCAAUGACAGAUAGCAGCAUUCAGCAGUAACAAACAGCAAAUGCACAAUAUUGUUAGAUAUAAGUAUACAAUAUCAUGAACUAGCUGUUUGUUAUUUGUUCACAUGGAUGGCAGAAACACUUGUGCUUAUAUGAUCAGAACCUGAUUCGAUGUGAACUUUUAAAUCAAUUUUUCCAAUUGCAGGAGGCAAAUUCUUUUGCAUGCAAAAAUAUCUUGAUCAGGAAGGAUGGCAUCCAAAUUUGUAUAUCGUUGGUCUACCCAUUCUUUCUUUAUUCAUAAUAUUAUGUACUUAAUUACUUUUAACUAGUAUUGAAAUUUCACUACCUGAUUGGUAGCAUAUACAUGUAUAUCAUUAUGUUACAUACACGGUGUAGGUCUACAAAAGCUUAUGAUUAUAUUUGACAUCUUUAAGUAUUUCAGAUCUAGAUAGACAACUGCAACUAUUUAUACAGUUUGGCAGAUGUUAAUAGCAUAGUUUGAAUAAAAAAUACAAGAUUGA